GCAUGACGCUGUGUUGAGGCUCGCGGGGUUCCGGUAGGAGUCUAUGAGCAUCCAGGUAAAUUCUUGAUCAAUUUGACGGUGAGUAAACGGUCUGAAACUGUCACAAAGUUUUGGUGAGGAAAAAGUGGGUUGGAACUUUGUACCGUAAAAAAAACGUGUGAAGAGAUACGGACCUCGUUGCUAUUGCGGAAGUAGCACUGAGCAAACCAAGAUGGCGGAUCCAGAGUUGAAGUAUUUGAUUGUGGACAAGAAUAUGGUGAGCGACCCGGCGUCUCAGGCAGAAUGGACGGCCAAGAGGUUGGUGUGGGUCCCGGACGACGUCCAUGGCUUCGUCGCUGCCAGUGUCAAGAGCGAAAAGGGGGACAACAUCACCGUAGAAAUUGCGGAUAACAACAAGACCAGAGUUGUGAAUAAAGAUGACAUACAGAAGAUGAACCCGCCCAAGUUCAACAAAGUUGAAGACAUGGCCGAGUUGACCUGUCUCAAUGAAGCCUCAGUCCUAUACAACCUCAAGGAUAGAUACUACUCAGGACUUAUAUAUACAUAUUCCGGUUUGUUCUGUGUGGUGGUCAACCCCUACAAGAGACUUCCAAUCUACUCUGAGAAGGUCAUUGAACUCUACAAAGGCAAGAAGCGUCACGAGGUGCCACCUCAUGUCUUUGCCAUCACAGACACCGCUUACCAUAGCAUGCUUCAAGAUCGUGAAGACCAAUCUAUUUUGUGCACUGGAGAAUCUGGUGCCGGCAAAACAGAGAACACCAAGAAAGUCAUCCAGUACCUUGCCCACAUAGCAGCAAGCAAGGGAGGCAAGGGUGCCACCGCAGCGCAAAUACAGCCUGUCCCUAUGAAAAAGGACCUAGCCAAAAGCUUUGAUAGUCUCGCCAAACAUGUUGUCGGAGAACUGGAAGCCCAACUGCUGCAAGCUAACCCUAUUCUAGAGUCAUUCGGAAACGCCAAGACCGUCAAGAAUGACAACUCAUCUAGAUUUGGGAAAUUUAUCCGCAUCAACUUUGACACAUCGGGUUACAUCUCUGGAGCAAGCAUCGAAACAUAUCUUCUGGAGAAGGCACGUGUUACCCGCCAGGCGCCCACAGAGCGGGCUUUCCACAUCUUCUAUCAGAUGUUUGCCGGCGCCAGCAACGAACAGAAAAAGGAGCUUCUGUUGGAUGACAUCAACAACUACACCUUCCUGACCAACGGCCAUGUCCCAGUCACCAACGUCAGCGACUUGGAUGAGUUUGACGCUACAUGGGAAGCCAUGGAAAUCAUGAGCAUGCAAGAUGACUUUAUGUCUGUACUCAAGGUUGUCUCUGCUGUGCUGCUGUUUGGCAACUUGACCUUCAAAUCAGAGCGAAAUAAUGACCAAGCCAUCCUCCCAGAGACCACAGUUGCCCAGAAGCUGUGCCGCCUACUCGGCCUGAACGUGACAGACAUGACCAAAGCGUUGCUCAAACCCAGACUCAAGGUUGGGCGAGACUUUGUCCACAAAGCUCAGACAGUUGAACAGGUCGAGUUUGCCACCCAGGCGCUGUCCAAAGCAAUCUAUGAGCGCCUCUUCAAAUGGAUCGUGAGCCGGAUCAACAAAUCCUUGGACCGUACAACCCGCACGGGGGCCUCCUUCAUUGGAAUCCUGGAUAUUGCCGGUUUUGAGAUCUUCAAGAUGAACUCCUUUGAACAGCUGUGUAUUAACUACACCAAUGAGAAGCUACAGCAACUCUUCAAUCACACUAUGUUCAUCAUGGAACAGGAAGAGUACCAGAGAGAAGGGAUCGAGUGGAAGUUCAUUGACUUCGGUCUUGACCUCCAGCCUUGCAUUGACCUCAUUGAGAAGCCAAUGGGUAUCCUGGCCCUUCUUGAUGAAGAAUGCUGGUUCCCUAAAGCCACUGACAAAACCUUCACUGAGAAACUCUGCAAGACCCACUCUGCACAAUCCAAAUUCAAGAAACCAGACUUCCGUGAUGACAGCGACUUUGCAGUCCUUCACUACGCAGGGAAGGUGGACUAUUCCAGUCGUAAUUGGCUGAUGAAGAACAUGGACCCACUGAACGAUAACGUUGUCGCUCUGUUGCAGAAUUCCAACGAUCCCUUCACCUGCAACAUCUGGAAGGAUGCUACUAUUGUCAGUAUGAGCGCCCUCGCAGCUGGCGGCGAGUCCCCGUUUGGCUCCUCCCGAACCCGCAAGGGUAUGUUCCGCACUGUGGGCCAACUCUACAAAGACCAGCUAUCUAGGCUGAUGGUGACGCUGCGCAACACCAACCCCAACUUUGUGCGUUGCAUCAUCCCCAAUCACGAGAAGAAGGCCGGCAAGAUUGACUCGCAGCUGGUGCUGGAGCAGCUGAGAUGCAACGGUGUGCUGGAGGGCAUCAGGAUCUGUCGACAGGGCUUCCCCAAUCGUAUCAUCUUCAUGGAGUUCAAGCAACGCUACGAGUUGCUGACUCCUAAUGUGAUUCCCAAGGGAUUCAUGGAUGGCAAGAAGGCUGUGCAGAAAAUGAUCGAAGCUCUUGAUCUGGAGCCCAACCUCUUCCGCAUCGGCCAGAGUAAGAUCUUCUUCCGUGCUGGUGUCUUGGCUCACCUUGAGGAGGAGAGAGAUCUGAAACUGACUGAUAUCAUCAUCCAGUUCCAAGCUCAUUGUAGAGGAAUGCUCUCCAGAAGAUACUACCAGAAGCGUAUGCAACAGCUGAGUGCCAUCCGUAUCAUUCAGCGAAACUGUCUGGCCUACCUCAAGCUCCGUAACUGGCCCUGGUGGCGUCUGUUUACAAAGGUGAAGCCCCUCCUGAACGUGACUCGCCAAGAGGAUGAGAUGGAAGCAAAAGAUACCGAGCUGCGUAAGGUCAAGGACAAGCUGACCAAGUAUGAGGAUGACUACUCUGACAUGGAGAGGAAGUACCAGCAGAUACUAGAGGAGAAGAGUAUCCUGGCUGAGCAGCUUCAGGCUGAGGCUGAGCUCAGCGCUGAGGCAGAAGAGAUGAGAUCCAAGCUGGCCUCCAAGAAGCAAGAGUUAGAGGAGAUUCUUCAUGAUAUGGAGAGUCGUAUUGAGGAGGAGGAAGAACGCUCCCAGAACUUGGGCACAGAGAAGAAGAGACUUGGAGGACACAUUCAGGAUCUUGAGGAACAAUUGGAAGAGGAAGAAGCUCAACGACAGAAGCUCCAGCUGGAUAAAGUCAGCCUGGACGCUAAGGUCAAGAAGCUAGAGGAAGACCUGGCAAUCCUGGAUGAUAACCACGGCAAGAUGUUCAAGGAGAAGAAAUCAAUUGAAGAGAGACUUUCGGACGUUGAAUCUACCCUCGUUGAAGAGGAAGAGAAGAGCAAGGGUCUGAUGAAACUCAAGUCACGACAUGAAGCUACCAUCGGUGACCUGGAGGACAAACUACGCCGGGAGGAAAAGUCCCGUGGUGAUCUAGAGAAGGUGAAGCGCAAGAACGAGACCAGCCUGAAUGAUCUACGAGAGCAGCUGAACGAGCUACGGGCACAGGUGGAAGAACUACGUGCCCAGCUGGCCAAGAAAGAGGAAGAGUUGAACUAUGCUCUUGCAAGAAUCGAUGAAGAAAUGGCCGCCAAGAACGCCGCCCAGAAAGCUCUGAGGGAACUCCAGACCCAAAGCUCUGAGCUCCAGGAAGAUCUAGAAGCCGAGAGGGCAGCCAGAGCCAAGGCUGAGAAACAAAAGAAAGAUAUGAAUGAGGAACUGGAGGCCAUCAAGUCCGAGUUGGAAGACUCGAUGGACUCUACCGCCACCCAGCAGGAGCUGAGGAACAAGCGCGAGUCCGAGCUGAAUGAACUCCGCAAGGCCCUGGAGGAUGAGACCAAAUCCCAUGAGACUACCAUCAUUGAGCUACGUCACAAGAACAACGUGGUGGUGGAGGGGCUGAAUGAACAAUGUGAAGGGCUCAAGAGGAGCAAAGCAGCUCUGGAGAAGACCAAGACCGCCAUGGAGGCCGCCACGGCAGAGUUGAGCAACGACCAGAAGGCCAUGGCCCAGGCCAAGCAAGAGUCUGAACGCAAACGCAAGAACCUGGAGGCUCAGUUGUCUGAGAUGAAUGUACGCCUGACCGAGACCGAGCGCGCCCGUAACGACUUCCAAGAAAGAGCUACCAAACAGCAGACUGAAAUUGAGUCAUUGACAGUCCAGUUGGAGCAAUCUGAGGUUAAGUCUUCCCAGGCCAGUAAAUCAUCCAACUCUCUGGUAGCACAGCUUGCUGAGGUCCAGGAAAAUCUAAAUGAUGAGACCCGACACAAGUUGGACCUUAGCUCCAAGCUCCGUGCCAGCGAGGAGGAGAAGGAGCAGAUUCAAGAGCAACUUGAAGAGGAGGAACAGGCCAAGAAUAAUCUUCAACGCCAAGUCAGCAAUCUCACGGUCCAGCUUCAAGAUGCCAAGAAGAGACACGAAGAGGACCAGUCUUCCAUGGAUGCAUCUGACGAGGCUCAACGGCGAGUCCAACGAGAGCUGGAAGCAGUCCAGUCUCGUCUGGAGGAGGUCCUUACCAGCAGCGACAAACUGGAGAAGACCAAGAAACGUCUCCAGGCUGAGCUUGAUGACAUCGUCGUUGACAUGGAGAAGGAGCGUGCCCUCGUCAACAACCUAGAGAAGAAGCAGAAGAAGUUUGACGCCCUGCUGGCCGACGAGAGAGCUGAGAAGGAACGUCUUGGCCAGGACAAAGAUCAAUCCGAUAAAGAGCUGAGAGAGAAAGAGACCAAGUUGAUCUCCUUGCACAGAGAGCUUGAGGAGCUUCAGGAUCAGCUGGCAGACAGCGAGCGCAUCCGUAAAUCUCAGGCCGCUGAGCUAGAAGAAGUCAUGUCCUCUAAGGAUGACGUAGGAAAGAAUGUCCAUGGAUUGGAGAAGUCCAAGAAGAACCUGGAGUCUCAGAUCGAGGAGAUGCGAACCCAGAUGGAGGAGCUUGAGGAUGAGCUCCAGGCCACGGAGGAUGCCAAGCUGCGUCUAGAGGUCAACAUGCAAGCCCUGAAGGCUAACUUUGAGAGGGAGGUGCAGGGCAAGGAGGAGGCUCAGGAAGAGAAGAGACGUGGCCUCAUCAGACAGCUCCGUGAGAUGGAAGCUGAGCUUGAAGAGGAGCGCAAGCAGCGAGGAGCUGCAGUCAACGCUAAGAAGAAGUUUGAGAUGGAUAUGAAGGAUCUAGAGGGUCAGGUCGAGGCAGCAGCCAAGGUCAAAGAGGAUAGCAUCAGACAAGUCCGUAAACUACAGAGCCAGAUGAAGGAGUUUCAACAGGACUUGGACGAAGCUCGACAGGGUCGUGAUGAUCUAGCCAUCUCAGCCCGUGAAGCAGAACGCAAGCUCAAGACAAUGGAGCAAGAGCACAUGCAGUCACAGGAGGACCUGGCUACAUCUGAGCGCCAGCGUCGCAAGGCGGAGGCAGACCGGGACGAGCUCCAAGAGGAGAUCAACAGCAACCUGAGCAAGGGUAACUCCCUAGUGGAAGAUAAGAGACGCCUGGAGCAACGCAUCUCCCAGCUGGAGGAUGAGCUUGAGGAAGAACAGAGCAACGUUGAGAUCCUGAUGGACAAAGAGAGGAAGAGCAAUGCUCAGAUUGAGACUUUCACCAACGAGCUGGCCUCGGAGCAUUCAACCACCCAACGUCUAGAGAAUGCCAAGAUGCUUCUAGAAAGACAGAACAAGGAAUUGAAAGCCAAACUUCAAGAGCUUGAGAUGACUGUGGCCAAGAAGAGCAAGGCAACAAUAGCCCAGAUGGAGAGCAAGAUAAGUCAGCUGGAUGACCAGCUCGAGGCAGAGGCUAGGGAGCGCAGUGCCGCUGCCAAAGCAGCAAGACGAGCUGAGAAGAGGGCCAAGGAGCUGGGCAUGCAGAUGGAAGAUGAGAGACGCCACGCAGACCAGUACAAAGAACAGGUGGAUAAGUCCAACGCCAAGUUGAAGUCACUAAAGAGGCAGGUGGAUGAGUCGGAGGAUGAGUGCACACGAAUCAAUGCCCAGAAACGCAAGAUCCAACGAGAGCUAGACGAGCAGACUGAACAGAACGAGGCACUCAUGAGGGAGGUCAACCAGCUAAAAUCCAAAAUGAGGAAUACUGCAUCUUCACGUCCAAGUCGUUACGGCGGUGGAAGCCGGCGGGCUGCACCAGUAGAGAGCACCAGCUCGGCUGACGAUGCACCAGACGGCACAGGAGACGGCAUGGAGUAAAAGAUAUCCUCAAAUCCAUUAUGCAACUUAAUCGGUGCCUAACCAUGGACCAUCCAGAUGGGUACGGGUUCAAAUGAUAGCUUGGCAUUGAACAUUGAGUAAGUCAUGCGUCUAGGCAUGAUUAUUAUUUCAAGUCAAACAAAAAAAGAUUCAGGGUGUAAAGCCAAUGCUAGAAGUGUUUUUAGGUUGUAAGAUCGUCUGUGGCACCAAUACUAACAAUUAGAAUAGUCAUCCAUACAUCGUCACAAAUGUCAACAUUACAAAUUAAUUUAAAAACUAUUUUGAAUACGCAGUGCUUUUUAAUUUCAGUAUCAAUUUUCAAAUUAGCUUUAAAUUUCUCUGGGGUUUGAAUCUUUAUUUUGUUGUUUUUACUUUUAGAACUAGCUUGCGUUAACCAUUUUGAUGAAUGUUUCCUGCAUACUUGGUUGCGAAUUAUUUUUGAAGUCGUUGAUUUUCAGCAGGGUGUUUGUAUCAACUUAGGCUUGUUUUAGUUUCCACUAAAGCCUUAUUGAAAGCAUGGUAGCUCUAGUCCCGGCAUUUAUUUCUUAAAUAAAAUAAAAAUUCGAGAAAAGUGUGACGACAACAUUUUAAACCUGAUAGCUGUGUAAUUUUUUUGAUCAACUAACAGUACCAUCAAAUUAUGACGCAUAGGGUUGUUUUGUGUUUUAGAACCAUAACCUUCAGACCUUUCAUGAAAAAGGGCCUAUAAAUAUUUGAAAAUCAAUGGCAUUUUGUAUAUAAAUAGGUUUUGUAACAGUUACAAAUGAUGAUGUAAUAGGUCAAAAAACAAUCUGGGGGGAGAAACUGGGAGGGUAAAAAUUUUGGUUUCUUCAUUUGAGGACAAAUUUUGUUUGAUAAAGGGAGGUGAAUGUAUGAGAUUUUUUAGUUUUUAUAGACAUCAGCUGAGUAGUCAAUGUAAAAGUGGAGUUAAAGUGAAACUACGUACAUCGUGAAGGUAAUAAGAGUGGUGAAACUUGACAUGAACAACAACCUACUAAUAAUUGAAAAGUUCCUUUUUUUUUGAUAUUGAAAACAAAUAAUAAUGAUGAGUUUAUAUAUUUAGUUUAAUAAUAGAUUAUAACAUUUUUCGAUCAGCGAUUAUAAAUACGUUGUAACCCUUUUUAUUUAGCUCUCUAUUUUUUCGUACAUGGAUUUAUUAAUCAAGUUUAUGUUUUGCUAUUUGGAUGGUAUUUCAGUAUAUAUAUAUAUAUAUACAGUAGAGACAGAGCAGUAGGCCUUUGUUGUGUGUGCUGGUUUUUGUUUAGGUUUGUUUAGUAACGCUUUCCUGUGGAAAGAGAACGGUGAAGGACUUUAACCAAGGGGUACAGUUCUUAAGAUCCUUGGAGAGGGGAUGUUACUCAAGUUCCAGAGGGGUGUGUAUUGUCCCCCCAACCCCCAAGGAAGGGUAACGUGAUCCAGUGCUCCAGAUGGAUUAGCACUUAGCAGCCAAGGUACUAGAGUACCUAUCCCCUAGACUGUAAACCCAAAGGCGAUGGGGCAUGAGGGGAGCUCCCAAGUUGGGAAGUACGCCCCCAAGGCACCCCUGGCCCCCCUUCACCAUAAAGUUGAUGUGUCAAGUGAUAUCUUAGGAUAAGCCUUAAAGGGUGUUAGUUGUGGAGUGAAUACAGUGAAGCACCAGGGUGGAUGUUGGGUUUGGAGUGAAUACAGUGAAGCACCAGGGUACAUGUUGGGUUACAACUUUUGAUAAAGUGGGAUUGAUACCUUUAGUUAUUUCUAAACCCUUCUCCCCCAGCUCAAAUUACUGUUUGGAGCAGUUGGUAAUUUCGUUUUAUUGGGUCGAAAUUCUCUCCAGAUGAAGGAUUAUUAGUCGAGCAAUGAAUAUUAAACAUAAAUAUGCAAGAUUAAACUGCGCUCUAGGUGUAUUUAAUUUGGUUUUUACCUUAGCACUAAAGCAAGUGAUGUAAUGUACAACAUAAUAAAUCUACCACUAGAAAAUAUUUACAAAUAAAUAAAUUAAAACAAAUAAAUAAGAAGUUGAAAAACAUCUUUAACAAAAACGUUCUAGCUAGAGUUACUAAUAUUGUAUUUGUAGGUUAUUUAUAACCCUAUUUUGUUUUUGUUUUUAAUUUUCGAAACAACUUUCAUGAGUUUCAAUUUUUUUUUUCUGCGCUGGGAUUUUUUGCCUAUUAUAUAAAGUAAUCGAUUAACAAUUAAUGCAUUCCAUUAUUGAAUCUUUAGACUAGGCUCCUGAAGAGUAGAUAUUUUCCUACGCGAUUAACCUUUAAAAAAAAGUAAAAAUUUCCACAACCAUGAACAAGUCAACAUGUGAGUUAGCAUUCUGAAUGUUCAGGUUUUCGCGUCAACAUGUAAUUGUCUCUAAAGAGAUAUGACAAAAUACUAGAUUGGUUUGCCGCUUGUAUAUAUAAUGAAACUGAACAGGAGUUUAAAAUUUUGCUGUAAAUGUAGCCCAAUUCCUGCAAACUUAAACCAAAAAUCACUUUGAAAUUAUCAAUCAUUAUGCAGACCUUUUAGCUCGAGUUAGCAAAUCUUUAACUGUACAGUCAUAGAUAGAAUUGUAGACUUGUUGCACGGAUGUAGUUGUCCAAACUAGCCUUGGUGCUCCUCAUUUGAAUACCAGGGGCCUUUACCAAACUUAAGCUUGGGCUUAACUCCGGCUUGGGCUUGGAUUUGGCUACAUCAGCAAUUUUUGAGCAGUGUGCAUUUUGCAUGGUGUUUCAAGCAUCAAAUUCAGCCUGAAGCUGGUUCCGAAGCCAAGGUUUGGAAUUAUGCCCCUAAUGUUGUAUGAGGAGCAUUUUGAGUUAUUUGUUUGUGAGUUUUUCAGGCUUCCAUUUGAUAAUUAACAGUCGGAAGACUUGUGUUUGGAUUUUGUUGUCGUUUGAAUUAAACUAGUACUAUUUUUUCAAUGAAUACAUUGUGUUCAUCUUGCCAGUUAUCCAUUGCCCUGUUUAAGGGGCACUCAAAAUAAAUGCCCCAUACUGGUGAAUAUGAGAAGGUUCAUUCAUUUAGAUGCAUCGGUUCAGAACUUCAGCCAUGGUGGUCAUGUUUCUGGACUCCUGGUACUAACAUAGUGUUGGGUUCAUUCUAGGAAACAGACUAAGGAAGUUAAAGCUCACUUUAGUUUCAUGGACAUAAAAAAAGAAAUGGGUUUAGAAGAAGAAAAAACAAAUAUAGAAAGUUGACUUGUGACAACACCCUAUGUCCAAUACAGUAGCAACUAUUACAAUUUGGUUUAGAAAGUUGACUUGUGACAACGCCCUAUGUCCAAUACAGUAGCAACUAUUACAAUUUGGUUUAGAAAGUUGACUUGUGACAACACCCUAUGUCCAAUACAGUAGCAACUAUUACAAUUUGGUUUAGAAAGUUGACGUGUGACAACACCCUAUGUCCAAUACAGUAGCAACUAUUACAAUUUGGUUUAGAAAGUUGACUUGUGACAACACCCUAUGUCCAAUACAGUAGCAACUAUUACAAUUUGGUUUGAUGUAAUUUUAUACAUUAUUUUGUACAUGUCAUGGCAGCUAUCUUGUUUGUAGUUUAUUUGCACCAAUUCUUCAUUUAGUUAUUACUACUAUAGAUUAUAUGUUUUUACAUAGUGCCUUGGUGAUGGUGUUUGUAUCUAGGAAGAUGAUAUGAAUUAACUUUCCAAAUAGAAUGUCUUGUUUAAGAUGGGACCAUUUUUUUUAGCGCUGCCAACCAGGAAAGUACACUGAAACAGCUUGAGAAAGUUUUGCUUAUCAAGUUUCACUGGUAUCAAAUUGUACUGCUCAAUAGACACUGCUUUUGCCAGCCAAAUUCUUCUUGGGAACGCUAUCAAAUUGGGCUUUUUAAGAAAAUAUAUAGCCCCGAUUUAUAGUGUUUAUAAAAAAAUUCAAUAUAUUAUAAAACUAACGAAAUAUGUAAUUACUAUCCAAUUCUUCUUGAUGUAAUAAACAUUAGUUAAAGAACAUAUAAUUAAACAUUUGGGAAAAUUCAAUUUUGUUUUAAAGAAUGUUGCUUAAAGUAGAAAUGUUUAUCCCUUGUAUGCCUAUUAACACACCAAUACUGGUUUUGGGAUUAUCUUUAAAAGAAAUAAUUUGACAAUUAACGAGCGAUUCUAUAAUAAAACCUUGCAAAUUUAAUAAAUAACGCUUUUGAUAAGUA